CCUCUCGUUUCCCCCCCAAAAAAGCUUCAUAAUCAAAUACAACAGAAAAAGGCGGUUUGUGACUCACUUGAGAUUAAACAUUGAUAGAGCAGCAACCAGGGAAACGCCUGAUAUUCAGCCAGAGCAACAGGUGAUCCUCGUUCCCGGGCAUGUUCGUGACUGACAACCCGUUGAGCCAAUCAGCGGACAGAGACAACUAUAAAUGAACCAAUCGCGUGCGCCGCCUGAGUCAAGAUGGGCGUCAACCAGGACCGCUGAGCCGCGGCUCGGUCAGUCAGCUCCACACCGACCAUCGAGCUCCAACAGGCGGUGUGCUCGCUUCACUCUCACCGGGGAGGAGCGUGGAGGUGGGAAUACGCGACAUUAUCGAGCAUUUAGAGGAGAAGGAGUACGGAGCCGGAUGAAUAAUACCACUACGGAGGGCUCAGACUGGUAGGUUCUCGCUGCUGUCAUUUUGGAUUCUAAAUUACCUUGAGGAUUAAAAGUCAGUUCUUCCUCAUGAGGAAAGAUGGGGAAUGGACUCUCCGAACAACCUAGCUUCUUCUCCAGCAUCCCGUUCUUCCAGUCCUACCACAUCGCCAUCCUCGGGCUGGACUCGGCCGGAAAGACCACCGUCCUGUACCGGCUCCAGUUCAACGAGUUUGUCAACACGGUGCCCACCAAAGGGUUCAACGCCGAGAGGGUGCGCGUGUCUCUGGGCGGCCACAGGACCGUGACCUUCCAGUUUUGGGACGUGGGCGGCCAGGAGAAGCUGCGUCCUCUGUGGAAGUCGUACACGCGAUGCACGGACGGCAUCAUCUUCGUGGUGGACUCAGUGGACGCGGAGCGCAUGGAGGAGGCCAAGACGGAGCUCCAUAAGAUCGCCAAGACCUCGGAGAACCAGGGCGUGCCGCUGCUGGUGGUCGCCAACAAACAGGACUUGAGACACUCUCUGGGACUGGCGGAGAUCGAGAAGCUGCUGGCGCUGAAGGAACUGAGCCCGGGGACGCCGUGGCACCUGCAGCCGGCCUGCGCCAUCAUCGGAGACGGCCUCAGGGAGGGCCUGGACAAACUCUACGACCUCAUCCUGAAACACAGAAAGGCGCUGCGGCAGCAGAGGAAGAAGCGAUAAGGACUCAAGACUGAAGUGAGUCAGGGGUGAAGGACUGAGGAUGUUGUCUUCCACAUCCAACACACAGCUGUCUUUAGGAUUGUCGGCCUGGUGGUGAUGCGGUCUGUCAGGAAGUGAUUUCGUAGAGGAAUACGGUAUGAAGACGAGAACGUUGUAGACUGGUGUGGAUGUAACGGUUUUAUCUGGUUCUGAAGGUUUGAGGUGUGGAAAGGUGAUCAAAGUUUGAUAAUGGAAUGAUUCGUUAAUGUUACUUUUACUAAAAGAUUUGAAAUAUCGAUUAGCGUUAGAAAACCAUCCAGUCAAUUUUUUUGUAUUCUAUUGUAUUUUUUUUUUUUUUUUUUUUUUUA